GUCUGAUUUGUCUUUGCCAAUAAAGUUUGCUUUAAAAAAAAAGUAUGUAUAUGACGUUCUAUCCCUUCCCAGCCACACAAGCAGGAAGCAGUGCCAGCAGAUACUCCAGCAUGCCACAUCCUGUUGGGAUACAUUGUAUCCAUCUCUGCCUGCGGGAGAGCGGCUGAUCCGCACCAGUGAGUCUAUACAAAUAAAAUCACUAUAACAACAAGAAGAAGAAUGGCAAACUGUGCUGGCUGUACAUGGAAUGUUGGGACCAGUACUCUGUAUAACUGUGCAUUACACACACUGCAUGAUGAGAGUUGGAAGAUACUCCUCACAGCUACAGCACCAAAGACUGUAUUACAUGAUUCUGUGAUUAGAACUUCCCUGCAGCCACUUUCUGAUAAGACUAGAUGCUCUUGUCUUGGUUAUUUUUUUUUAGUCUGUAUCAUCUUGUGUAUGUUGUUUCCAGUCUCUGUUAUGGCAGAGUGGGAUCCACUUGUGCCAAUUACAGACUAUAAAGAAGCUGUAAACCAGCAAGCAGUUGUAGCAGCCUGGCCAGAUCCAAGUGUAGAAGAAAGCAUCCAAUCCAGGGAGCCUGACAUCCAUAGUUAUGCUCAGGACAGCAGCUCAGUGGAAUCCCAUUUUUUCCUGGAAGAUAAUUUGGUACUGUCCUCUGAUCAGUGGGAUCAGUCAUCAUUCCAGCCCUCCAGUGUGUUUUCUGCUGCUGAUAUGGGGGCAAUAAUUGCAGACUCGUACAGGGGUCCGGGCAAUAGUGACACAAGAAGCAAUAAAGAGUUACCCAUUCUUUUGUGGUGGAGUGAAAACCUUUUCCCCCAUUUCCCAGGGCAUACUGAGAGGAUUGACUGUCCACACAGCUCUUGCAUGGUGACAAAAAGCAAGAGUGUGAAACUUCACAAGAGGACUAAAUCCAUUAUCUUUUAUGGAACAGACUUCAGGGCUUACGAAGCACCUCUACCCAGGCUGCCCCAUCAGACUUGGGCAUUGUUUCAUGAAGAAUCUCCAAUGAAUAACUAUGUCCUGUCACAUUUGCCUGGAAUAAGGCUAUUUAAUUACACUGCCACCUUCAGGCGGGAAUCUGAUUAUCCUCUUACCUUGCAAUGGCUGCCCACCAUUGAUUACUUGUGGAAUCCAGCCAUUCCUUUAGAAGAUAAAAAUAGGUGGCGCGAGAAUGGCUAUGCUCCUGUGCUCUACAUGCAGUCGCACUGUGAUGUCCCUUCAGACAGAGACCGAUAUGUGGAAGAAUUAAUGAAAUACUUGCAGGUAAAUAAGCUAAAUUGUUUUGUCAAUUAUUCAUAGUCUUUCUUUGACCAAGGGAUGCUUUCAUCAAAGAAAUAUAUCCAAAGUUCACUACAUUAGAACAUGCUUAAUAAAUAGUUACUUUAAAUCCUUUUAUAGUAAAUAAAUCCCUAACAAUACAGUGUGCAACUUUUUGAGGUAUGUCAUAUCAACAUCUUAAACUGCAUAAAUCCCUUUGAUUUAACAUUAAAAACACAGGCAUUGCCUCAGUUCAUAAAAUGUAGUUUAUUAUUUGUUAGGACUCCUUUAAGUGACCCUCAAUCUCAGUUGUGAUGAUUAGCCCUUGUGAAUAUGUUCUCAUAACCAACCAUCCUGCUGGUUAUUAAAGGGUUACUCCAACCACCAUGACCACUUCUGCUUUUAGAAGUGGUCAUGGUGGUAGAAGUCGGUAUGUGUAGCACUUUUGUGCUGGGGGCUAGUUACACCCCCAGCACUCAUGACUUAGGUAGCCCGGAACUCUGUUCCAGGUUGAUUAAUAUCAAUCCUGUGCAAAAAUAGACAUAGUGAAAUUCUCUCUUGCAGGCAGCACAUUUGCAAGGAGAAGUUUUAAUGUCCCCUCCCUUUCUAUCUGCCAACCAUCCGUUUAGUAUUCUGCAGUUUUUUAAAUUUAGCAUGAAAGCUCACCUUCACCUUGUCCCUCUAUUCCCUUCCCACCUUCCCAAGCAUGCACUCUGAGCCGGGAAGAAUGGUCCAAUCAAAUGUUUCUCUGUGAGAAGCAUUUGAUUGGACCUUGCAAGGGAGGCUGUGACUUCAACAAUGGGGUCAAAACCACAGACGGGAGCUUUGCAUAUCUCUGAAUUCCAGGUAACUUUAUUCUUAGUUUUUCAGGGAGGGAACUAGCUGCUAAUUCCCAACAGGGAAUUGCAAAGUGAAAAUUAGAUACAUUUAAAAAGUGUUGGAAUAAACCUUUGGGACCGUGUAGUCUGGCUUGAUAUUCAGAGGAACACGAAGUUUAAUAUUUUCAUAAUUUAUUUCUAUGUCAAGAAUCAUCCAUGAAAAACGUGACAAGUGAGGUCUUAUUACACAUGCUGAUAGACGUAUAUGUCAUUCUGUCACAUUGUCCAAAACGAUUAUAUGGUAGUUCUAUAAACAACACACUUUGACCUGGUUGUACUGAUUUCUUACUGUUCUCUAGAUUGAUUCAUAUGGCCAGUGCUUGAACAACCGUCAGUUUCCGAACAAGAGACUCGAGGACACUUCCACUGCCACAACCGAAGACCCAGAAUUCAUGGUGUAUACAGCCAGGUAUAAGUUCCACUUGGCUAUGGAGAAUGCUAUAUGUACUGACUACAUGACAGAGAAACUAUGGCGUCCAAUGCAUUUGGGAGCAGUUCCAAUUUAUCGGGGCUCACCUUCUGUGAGAGACUGGAUGCCCAACAACCAUUCACUUAUAGUGAUUGAUGACUUUGCUUCUCCAAAAGAGCUUGCAGACUUCAUCCUUUUUCUGGACCAGAAUGAUGAAGAGUAUCUUAAGUUUUUAGACUACAAGAAACCUGGAGGGAUAACCAACACCUUCCUGAUAGAAAGUAUGGAACAGAGAGAGUGGGGAGUGAACGACAUGACCGUACCCAAUUACCUCAAUGGCUUUGAGUGCUUUGUCUGUGACAAAGAGAAUGCUAGAAUCACAGCAGAAAGGAUGAAUAAGAAAACACGUGGGAAAAGUCCACCACCAGAGCCACACAUUGCUGACAACACUCAUAUGGCCUGUCCUAUGCCAGUCCCUGGUCUUGGGGCGGCCGAGGACCUUCCAGAGACGGACAGGUAUUCUUUUUUUCUGGGGGCUGUAUAACAUAAAUUGAUCCAACAAAACAAGGCUUUUUAUCUUAAAUUGUUUUAUCUACAGUUUUCCUGCAUUUAAAAGGUUACUACAAUCAAAAAUCAGGGUUUUAAGAAAACAUUGUUUUUGGGUCAGAAUAACCCAACCUCCCCCACUCCCCCCCCAAAAAAAAAGAAAAUAGCUUAAACUCACCUACCUACCAGUUCCAAGGCCAAGUUCUAAUAAGAGACUAACAUUCCUUCAUUGGCCUCACUACCCCUCUCUUGAGAUAGAUGGAUGUAAAGGAAGUGGGCUGAAGGGUUGACAUGUGCAGCAUGUCGCUAUUGGCUGUCUGUUGCCAGCAAGCUGUGUGUGCGGACAACAGACGCCAAGCAUACACAGAGCUGAGAUUAGAUAACAUACAACUCUUGUUCCAGGUUGGGUACCAAUGUCCCAUUGAUAUUUCCAGUGAUAGACUUACAAUUUCAACAACAGAGGGGUUACACUCUGUAUGUGUAGCAACUCAUAAACUGUAAACCAGUUUAACCAGUGCCUUCUUCUAAUGAAAAAAAGCAUUUAGCAACACAUACUGAUUAAACGGACAUCACAUCAGCCACAUGUAAGACGAACGUCAGAAUAGUUUGUACUGGCACAAAAAACAUGUAGCAGUAUUUCCCAUCAGAUGCUUCAGUAAUUUCUACCAGGUUUGGGAAAAUAGGAUGCAUGACAUUGCAAGCACUGGCCUGCCACCACACACCUAACCCUUGUGUCAAUGAUAGUCCUUUUUAAAUAUUUGUUACUAUAGUUGCCAGUGGGUAAAUAGUUUGGUCAUUUAAAAUCUUGGCCUGCAUUUUGGCUGUCUGGUAGCAUUCAAACAGGCUAAAAUCCGGACACAGUUUUGACUUGUUCAGCAACAAAAUUGUUAAAUAAUAAUGUUAACUACUGUGAAAAAUGUUUGGAUUUGUAGUCCGUAUAAACCCGUGCAGAAAUAGAUAAUUUUUACUUUCUUAAAUAGACCCCAGUGUUUGACAUUAGUAAACAACUCUUGCUUAAAGUGGCACUAUAGGCACUAUGACCAUUUCAUCUCAUUGAAUUUAAUAUAAUGCCUGGAGUCCCCUUAGCACUGUUUCUUCACUUAGUGUGAUACAUUUUCAAGCUAUUUAAAACUAAAUAUAGUCCUUGGACAUGCACAGACUGGCCCCUUCUGGAGGUAUGGCCAAUGCAGAGGUCACACACUUCCUUCUAUCCAUUCCAGUUUAUACCAUGAAUGAGAGCCGUCAGCUGACACAGUCAGCCAAUUACAGGAACGAAUUGCUGCUCGGACAAAUGAUUCCUCAUUAGCCCAAGGAACAUGUGGGGGAUGAGCUGCUGGGGACUCUCGUUUAACAUUAACACAUUAAAGGUUUAACACUGAAUGGAAGGACAGCACCAGGGAACUCCAGGUACUAUAACCACUUCAAUGAGAUAAAGCAGUUACAGUGCCUAUAGUGUCUAUUUAAACCUUUAAUUGACUAAAUUUCCUUUUGUAUUAUGGUUUUAUUUGUGUUUUGCAGCUGGAAGCAAAUGUGGCUCCAAGAUUAUUGGCAGAGCUUAGACCAAGGAGAAGCACUAACAGCAAUGAUUCAUCGAAAGGAAAAAAACAAUGAGAGGUUUUGGGACUUUAUGCAUGAAAUGUAUAUAAAAAGAAGCAUGAACCACUGAACUCACAAUACAUGUGUAUUUAUAUGCCAAAAAAAACUUUUUUAUAGUGCCAAAAAUUUCAAAACCAAUUUCUGACCUCAUUCAUGAUUACUUGGAAGGAAAGCCAUUAUAUGUGACUUGUGCAGAUAUGGUUUAUACCAUGUUCAAGAUUUCAUUUACUAUAUGAAGAUGUGCUUUAAGCAAGAACAUUGCUUGUUGCUGGCAAACCUAAGAGCUCAGCCUUUGUAAAACAACUAGCACGUUUUAACUUUGACAUUUUGUAUUUAUUUUUUUAUGACCUGGUACAGCUAAAAUCAUUUUUCAUAGUAUGAGUGGAACACAAGAUUCACUUCAGCCUGCAGUUAUUAGAACACUAUAAACAAACAUGUAAUCCUGACACUACAUGCAUCAAUGCAUCUCUAUGGGGUAACAUUCAGCGCCUCCAUGCAGUGUAUGGAGACGCUGAACAUCAGUGCUGCACAAUGUGCAACACUGACACUGGAAGCAUCUCUAGUAGUCGUCUGCGUGAAUGCCAGUAAAGGUGUAACUAAGCAGCAAUGUAAACACUGCCUUUUCUCAGAAGAUGCAGUGCUUACACUGCAAAGGCUGCGGAGACAUGCUAUACACACCAGAAUAACUACAUAAAGCUGUAGUGGUUAUGGUGACUAUAAUGUCCCUUUAACGAAGCAGGAAACUGAAGAAUAUAAACCCAGAUCCUAAUUGGUAAUUAAUAAAUCCUAAUGUGGGAUGUAAAUAUGCAUAAUGUUUCAUUGUAGGAAUUAUAUUAUAUUAUAUUAUAUCAUUAUAUACAUUGGAAGCGGUGAGAUGCCUGGCUUCUAGUCCAUGGGAAUCAAUAAGGAAAAACCAAAAAUAUGUACCUAAGUAACUUAGACCUCUUUCACACUAAGCGAGUUCACUGGACAGACUUAAAAGUUACUUGAUGCCGCAAGUCUAGAGGGUCCAUGACACAUUCACCAAGAGUUUUUAUUUUUUCUACUUGUCAGGGAUGAAUUUUUAGUCUCCAAUAGCUGGUAGUCCAGUGAAAAUUAUGAGUCCUGAUAGGAUUAGGAAAUAGGGCUCUCUACCAGAGGCUCAUAUUCCUUGCUUCCUCUGCUAGAUCACCAAGGAAAUGUGUUGUAUGUGUAUUGUUACUCCACUGUUAAAGAAAAACUUUGAGCUCUCUCAGCAUUCUUUUCCUGAGCACCUCAAUUUGAAGUGAUCCUCAGCCAAACUUAAAGGAUCACUAUAGGGUCAGGAGCACAAACAUGUAUUCCUGACCCUACAGUGUUUUUAACCCACCGUUUAAGUGGCUUGCCACCCCAUAGCUCCCCUAUAAAAGUUUAAAAGUCACCUUAUUUUUCCGGCGCUGGCUCUGCCCCCUUUGUGACAACAUCAAAAUGGACAAUUUUUAUCCAAUGCUUUCCCUACUGGCUAAAAUCGGCAUGGGGGCGAGGCCAAAUGCCAUUUUGGAUAAUCAGGACCUCCUCAUAGAGAUGCAUUGAAUCAUCUAAGGAGUGGCCACUUGGAGGUGUCCCUAGGGGCAAUGCAAACACUGCCUUAUGUCUGAAAAGGCAGUGUUUACAUGAAAAUGCCUGAAGGGAGCUAUUAUACUCACCAGGACAACUACAUUAAGCUGUAGUUAUUCUGGUGACUAUAGCGUCCCUUUAACUGAACAUAACUCUGCUUUCUUCAGUAGCGCAUUCACAUUGCGCUGACAGCUCUAAUUGCUUGGGGUGCCAUUAACUCCUUAGAACGCACUAAGAAAAGCAGAGUGAUCUUGAGUCCGUAAACGCAUCUCGAUCAACCGAGGAUGAUUUAAGUGACAUUACUUAGGGAGAGAGUGUUGGGAGUUGACUAUUUUCCUUUUAAAUGUUAAAUUAAGUUAUGUGGAAGAAGUGAAAGUUUAUUGCCAUCUAAACAUUUUGCUGCUAAACGGUGCUGCCAAUUAUUCUGUUCACCUUAUGGUGAGCCAUGGCUCUUAUCAUUUGCAUUCCAUCAAGUGGAGCAAAACUUGCAACACUUAGAACAAUAAAUACAGUUUUCUUGCAUUUUAGCUUUUGCUAAAGGUCAUUUUCCUUAUAUACAAGGAAUAGGCAAAUGGUGCUCCAAAGACCUAGAACAAUGUCAUAUGUCCCUUUUAUGGUUGAGUGAACUAUUUAUAUUGAACUUUAUAUGUCGACCAUAAAUGUGAUAAGUAUUAGAAAACAUAUGUCAUUCCUGUAUUUUUUUAUUUUAUUUAUAUUGGCUUCCAAUAAAUGCAAUCACAGAAUCCCUGAAAUACAUUCUGUUCAUUUAAGUUUUUUUUUUUUUUUUUUUCUUUGAAUCAAUUAUUCACUGUGGGAUGACUGGG